CACCGCGAGAACGCGGCUCGCGAUAGGACGGCGCGUGUUGCGCCGCGAUCAGCUUGCAUUCGUGCAGCGCACGAAUUGACGGUCUUCCUCCGAAAAGUAACGAACUGAUAUUACAAUAAUACACCAGUAUUCGUUGAUCGUCGAAUUUUCGCAAGAAACGAGAACAACAUUGAGAUAUUUCACACCGCAUUCAGCUAGUCGCUAAUUCAUCAUUUGCAUCCGCAUUUUCCGUUUUCGAAUAACCGAAGGAUAAUUACGGAAAUCGCUCUUAGUCCGAUGUAUUUACUCAACAGACACGAGAUAUUCAACUAAUUCCGGCUUUUAUCGUAUCUCUCUGUACGCGUGUUGCGAGGAAACACCUUCGACAAUAUUUUAUACACAGAGUAAUUAUAUAUAUGACUGCGGAAAGUUAUAUAACACAUAACGACCGCGACGCGAGCGUGUCGAAUUUCUUCAUCGCAUCGGGCACAUCAUCUCCGUAAUAUCGCGUUAUAUCGUCGAACAAAUCCGUCCUGGGUCAGCGUUGGCGUCCGGUCGCGGUUGCCGAUCCGGAAAAUCGCGUAACCGUUUCACCGCCGAGUGACAUUUCAUCCUUGAAUAUGGAGAACGCGUUUAAAAUAACUCUCCCUGCUGCGCGAUCGGUGCGAGGAAGAGAAAACGCAGUGACCGCAAGCACAAAGCUCGUUACAUCUUUGACAGUCGCGAUAGCGCGACGACGAUGACGAUGCUGCUGGCGCGCUCGUGACGCAAAUGCAUGAGUGAUUCCGUAAAAUGUUCAUUGCCGAACGUCGGCUUCUUCGAGACGGGCAAAUAAACAAGCGGAAGCUUCGAACGGAUCACAGCGGUGAUCGGUACGCUCGUACGAACAAAUGACGUUUCUGAUCGACGAUCGUACGCAUUGGCAAGAUACUUUCCACUUGAUGAGCACGUGGAGGCUCGACGGGUUUCGGAGAGUGCUAUUAUUGUCCGAAUAUUUCCCACGAAGUCGUAUCUCCGCGACAAUGGCGACAAGGGAAGGAGCGACGAAGGAUUGGAGCAUCGCCAGGACCGGCAUAUCCUUGUUGUUGAAUAACAAAACCGAGGAGGCAGAGGCAUUGUUUACCGGCCAUCCUUAUAGCUUCCACGUCAAAACCGGCCGUUGCUUUGUUCUCUUCAUGAAUGCCCUGAUGACCUACGAGCACGACAAGCUUCAGCAAGCCAUGUUAUUGCUGAAAGACAUGGAGCGGGAAUGUGCGGGCGACAUCGGGUGGCUAAAAUCCGUGAAAAGCAAAGUGUUCAAGACGGAAGAGACCGGGAAGGACUAUGUGAACAAGCUGGAGCGUCAGAUCGUUUUAGCGGAUUCGCAAGUAUGCUCAGCGAUAUUAACGCUUCUCCAGCAAGAAUUAACCGGAUACGUUCGCGGUGGUUGGAUGCUUCGCAAGGCUUGGCGGGUUUAUCAACACGCACACACACAAAUCUUACAACUUUAUUAUCGCACCUUCGGUACAAAUCCGACCGGACUCAGUCCAUGCUAUGAUACUUCCAUGAGCAACGGAUCUUCCCUGCAGAGCCCUCAAAGCCCGGGAUCUUCGGAAUGGUCAAUACCUUCCUGCAACGGUUAUACGAACAAUGUGACACCUGUUCCAUCCCCAUCAGGUCUGCGAAGCUCUCUAUCAAUGUUGUUCUCGCUCACUGGCAUCACGUCCGAACAACAGACACCCUUCGUGGAGCCAACGGAGGUAUCCCGUCUGAUGUCGGCUGUCAGUUUCGGCUAUGGAAUAUACCAAUUGUGUGUGAGCCUUCUGCCGCCUUCCUUAUUGAAGGUAAUCCACUUCUUGGGCUUCGAAGGCGACAGACAGGCUGGUCUCACUGCUCUUAUGUACGCACGACUCAGCGAAGAUAUGCGUGCACCGCUCGCCACAUUAUCUCUACUUUGGUAUCACACAAUAGUACGUCCAUUUUUUGCACUCGACGGAUCUAACGUGAAGGCAGGUGUCGCGGUGGCAAAACAACUAAUCGCUGAGUGUCAUACCGAAUUCCAUGAUUCCGCUCUCUUUCUUUUCUUCGCUGGAAGAGUGGAGCGUCUGGAGUCAAACGUCAACGGAGCUCUUGAGGCUUACGGCAAAGCUGUCGAGACUUCGACUCAGCGAGAAGUCAGAUUGCUGUGCUUGCACGAGGUUGCUUGGUGCCAUUUGAUACGCUUGAGCUACGAGGAAGCGUAUCGGUCUUUAUUGCAGCUGCAACAUCAGUCCAGGUGGUCCAAGAGCUUCUACGCGUACUUAGCCAUGGUAUGUUGCGGCGCAAACGGCAAAUUCGAUGUUCUCCUGACAACCUACGAUAAGAUAAUCCACUGGUUCCACGAAAUGAACGGAGAGACGCAACUUGGUGCUUUCAUCUUGCGCAGAGUGCCAAAACUCGUCGACAAAGACACAGGAGGGAAUCCUUACACAGUCCUGUAUUAUAGAUUACUCGUGUACGAGUUGUUGUACUUGUGGAACGCCAUGCCAUCCUGCUCCGUUGAAUCCUUGCAAGGAAUAUUAUUGGAAUGUAAAGGAAACCGAACCGAAGAGCCAAUGGUGGGUUUAACAGACCUCGUCGAGGGUGCAGCGUGCUCUUACUUAGGAGACACGGAGGCGGCCAUUAAGUGUUAUCGAAAUUGUCUGAAACGGCGAUAUCCGUCCAAGGACGAGUACGACCAACAUGUGAGCGCAUUUGCUCUUUACGAAUUAGGUAGCAGCCUUUGUAACAAUAACAAUUCCGACGAAGGCAGAAGUUUUUUAACGAAAGCACAAUCUCAAUACAGAGAUUACGAUUUCGAAAGUCGUCUCAACGUGCGUAUACAUUCCGCCCUGAAGAAUGUACAGUGACAUCAAUUCAAAAUCGUCCGAUAUUACUAUGUGAAACAACUUUGACAUUAAAAACAAAAAAAAAUGUAUCCGCAUAUAGUCAUGUAUACAGUAAUAUAUAUAGUAGUCAUUUCUUAUUGUAAGUACUGAUGAUUCACGUGAAACAAUACCGAAGUAUUGGACUCAA